AUGUCUCAGCCCGUUGGUCUUUACACCGUCCAGGUGCCGCCUGGUGGUAUCAUGGUCCCUGCAUUGCCCCAAGGUGCAAUGGCUAUGUUCCGUGUAAGCAUGGCCGCCAUCGACCCCGAUGCUGAGCCCGAGUAUGAAGAUGAUACCGCUGCCGGCAAGCCUCCCCGUUCCACCCUCAAGAUCGUCCGCGUCCCCUCUGAUAUGGAUAUGGAUGACGAGGAUGAUGAGGACUAUGAAGACAUUGACAGUGAGGACGACUCGGACGACGAAGAGGUCAACGGUGGUCCCAGCGACAAGGCAAAGGCCAAGCAACGCCAGGCCGCCGCUGCGCUUAUGGACCUUGAUGAUGAUGAGGAGGAUGAUGACGAAGAUGACACUGAUCGCGCUGAUUUCAAGGCUGCUCUUUCACAGCUCAUCAAGGGCAAGGGUCCUGCCACUGGCGAUGAGGACGAGGAUGAGGAUGAUGAGGAGGGUCUUGAGCUCGAGGAGAUUGUUGUUUGCACUCUGGACACUGAGAAGACAUACCAACAACCUCUUGACAUUACCAUUGCCGAUGACGAGCGCGUCCUUUUCAAGGUCACCGGUACACACACUGUCUACUUAACUGGUAACUUUGUCAUGCCCGCCGAGGAGCCACACUUCCAUGACGAUGACGAUGAGGACGAGGAUGAUGAAGAUGACUACGACCUUUCACCUGAUGAAGAUGAGUUGGAUGGCAUGGACUACCUCCUCAAUGGAGGUGACGAAAGCGACGACCUUGACGACUUGGAGGACCCCCGCAUUACUGAAGUCGACUCCGAAGAAGAGAAGGCCCCCAAGUUGGUGACCAAGGGCAAGAACAAGCGUGCUGCCGAGGAAGAGGCCGCACUGGAAGAUCUCAUUGCCAAGGAUGCCGCGAAGGCGGACAAGAAGCAGCAGAAGAAGCUGAAGAAGAACAACGGUGACGCUGCUCCUGUUGAGAACAAGAAGGAGGCAAAGGAGACMCCUGCCGCUAAGUCCGACAAGAAGGUUCAGUUCGCUAAGAACUUGGAGCAGGGCCCUACUGGUUCUACUAACCAGAAGCCUGCUGAGAAGUCGACCGGCACGUUGGGUGUGAAGGAGGUGCAGGGUGUCAAGAUUGAUGACAAGAAGCUCGGAAAGGGACCUGCUGCUAAGAACGGAAACACAGUCGCUAUGCGAUACAUUGGAAAGCUCGAGGACGGAAAGGUCUUUGACUCCAAUAAAAAAGGCAAGCCCUUCACCUUCAAGCUUGGCAAGGGCGAGGUCAUCAAGGGCUGGGACAUCGGUAUCGCUGGCAUGACCGCCGGUAGCGAGCGCCGCAUCACCAUUCCCCCUCACCUCGCAUACGGCAAGAAAGCUCUGCCCGGUAUCCCUGCCAACUCGAAGCUCAUCUUCGACGUCAAACUGCUCGAAAUUAAAUAG